AUGAAGUUCUCAUUCUUCCUCUACUCGUCAUUAGAAGUCAUGAGGCUCCAGCUGCUGGUGGGACAAGUGGACCAGGAGAGUUCAGAGGUUCCCAGUGGUCAGUCUGCCCAGCAGCAUCAACCAGACCUAUUUAUGCUGCUGAAGGAGGACCUUGAAUGUUUUAUGGAGGAUGAGCUGAAGACGUUCCAGAAGCUUCUGAGUCCAGAUUACCCAGAAUGCUCAGAGAGUCAGAGGGAGCAUGAGGAUGAAGAGCACAGGAGCAUCAGAGAGGCAUUUAUGAAAAUCACACUGCACCACCUGAGAAAAAAGAAGGAGUACAAGCUGGCUGACCGUUUGCAGAGCAAAAGUAUUACUGCAGACGGUAAACGUAAACUUAAAUCUAAGAUGCAGGAGAAGUUCCAGCGUGUGUUUGACGGGAAUGAUAAAGCAGGAAACCCAACCCCUCUGAAUCAGAUGUUCACAGAGAUCUACAUCACAAAGAAAGGGACUGCAGAGGUCAAUGUUGAUCAUAAGGUCAGAAAGAUUGAAACAGCAUCCAGGAAACCAGACAGACCAGAAACAACAAUCAGACGAGAAGACAUCUUUAAAACCCCACCUGGAAGAGAUGAACCAAUCAGAACAGUGAUGACAAUGGGAGUGGCUGGCAUCGGGAAAACAGUCUUAACACAAAGGUUCACUCUGGACUGGGCUGAAGACAAAGCCAACCAGGACAUCCAGUUCAUAUUUCCAUUCACCUUCAGAGAGCUGAAUGUGCUGAAAGAGAAGAAGUUCAGUUUGGUUGAACUUGUUGAUCACUUCUUUAGUGAAACUAAAGAAGCAGGAAUCUGCAGGUUUGAGUUCCAGGUGGUGUUCAUUUUUGACGGUCUGGAUGAGUGUCGACUUCCUCUGGACUUCCUCAACACUGAGAUCCUGACUGAUGUUACAAAGUCCACCACAGUAGGUGUGCUGCUGACAAACCUCAUCAGGGGGAAACUGCUUCCCUCUGCUCGCCUCUGGAUAACCACACGACCUGCAGCAGCCAAUCAGAUCCAUCCUGAGUGUGUUGACAUGGUGACAGAGACAUUCAGAGAUGAGGAGCAGGCCAACAGAAUCCUCUCCCACAUCAAGACAUCACAAAGCCUCCACAUCAUGUGUCACAUCCCAAUCUUCUGCUGGAUCACUGCUACAGUUCUGGAGGACGUGUUGAAGACCAGCGAGGGAGGAGAGCUGCCCAAGACCCUGACUGAGAAGUACAUCCACUUCCUGGUGGUUCAGUCCAAAGUGAAGAACAUCAAGUAUGAUGGACGAGCUGAGACAGAUCUACACUGGAGUCCAGACACCAGGAAGAUGAUCGAGUCUCUGGGAAAACUGGCUUUUGAGCAGCUGCAGAAAGGCAACCUGAUCUUCCAUGAAUCAGACCUGACAGACUGUGGCAUCAAUAUCACAGCAGCCUCAGUGUACUCAGGAGUGUUUACACAGAUCUUUAAAGAGGAGAGAGGACUGUACCAGGACAAGGUCUUCAGCUUCAUCCAUCUGAGUGUUCAGGAGUUCCUGGCUGCUCUUCAUGUCCAUCUGACAUUCACCAACUCUGGAGUCAACCUGCUGGCAGAAGAACAAACAACAUCAACAGGUUUCUACCAGAGUGCUGUGGACAAGGCCUUACAGAGUCCAAAUGGACAUCUGGACUUGUUCCUCCGCUUCCUCCUGGGUCUUUCACUGCAGACCAAUCAGAAUCUCCUACGAGGCCUGGUGACACAGACAGGAAGUAGCUCACAGACCAAUCAGGAAACAGUCGAGUACAUGAAGAAGAAGAUCAGUGAGAAUUGGUCUGCAGAGAGAAGCAUCAAUCUGUUCCACUGUCUGAAUGAACUGAAUGAUGAUUCUCUAGUGGAGGAGCUCCAACAGGCCCUGAGAUCAGGAAGUCUCUCCACAGAUAAACUGUCUCCUGCUCAGUGGUCAGCUCUGGGCUUCAUCUUACUGUCAUCAGAAGAAGAUCUGGACGUGUUUGACCUGAAGAAAUACUCCGCUUCAGAGGAGGCUCUUCUGAGGCUGCUGCCAGUGGUCAAAGCCUCCAACAAAGCUCUACUGAGUGCCUGUAAUCUCACAGAGAGAAGCUGUGAAGCUCUGUCCUCAGUUCUCAGCUCUGAGUCCUCUAGUCUGAGAGAGCUGGACCUGAGUAGCAACAAGCUGGAGGAUUCAGGAGUGAAGCAGCUGUCAGCUGGACUGAAGAGUCCACACUGCAGGCUGGAGACUCUCAGGUUGAGUGGCUGUAAUCUGUCAAAGAGAAGCUGUGAAGAUCUGUCAUUAGUUCUCAGCUCUAAAUCCUCUAGUCUGAGAGAGCUGGACCUGAGUAACAACGAGCUGGAGGAUUCAGGAGUGAAGCAGCUGUCGGCUGGACUGAUGAGUCCACACUGCAGGCUGGAGACUCUCAGGUUGAGUGGCUGUAAUCUAUCAGAGAGAAGCUGUGAAGAUCAGUCAUUAGUUCUCAGCUCCCAGUCUUCUAGUCUGAGAGAGCUGGACCUGAGUAACAACAAGAUGGAGGAUUCAGGAGGGAAGAAGCUGUCGGCUGGACUGAAGAGUCCACACUGCAGGCUGGAGACUCUCAGACUGAGUUGCUGUAAGCUGUCAGAAAAAAGCUGUGAAGAUCUGUCCUCAGUUCUUAGCUCCCAGUCCUCUAGUCUGAGAGAGCUGGACCUGAGUAACAACAACCUGCAAGAUUCAGGACUGGAGCUGAUCAAUGAUGGACUGAAGAGUCCACACUGCAGGCUGGAGACUCUCAGUCUGUCAGGCUGUCUGAUCUCAGAGGAAGGCUGUACUUCUCUGGUCUCAGCUCUGAGCUUCAACCCCUCCCAUCUGAGAGAGCUGGACAUGAGCUACAAUAAUCCAGGAGACUCAGGAGUGAAGCUACUGUCAGAAAGACUGGAGGAUCCACUCUGGAGACUGGACACUCUCCGGGUGGAGCCUGCUGGAGUCAGAUGGUUGACACCAGGUCUGAGGAAGUAUUCCUGUGAACUCACAGUCGACACAAACACAGCACACAGAAACCUCAAACUGUCUGACAACAACAGGACGGUGACAUGUGUGUUAGAGGAUCAGCCAUAUCCUGAUCAUCCAGAGAGGUUUGACUCCAGGCCUCAGCUGCUGUGUAGAGAUGGUCUGACUGGUCGCUGCUACUGGGAGGUCGAGAGGAGAGGAGGGGUUGAUGUAGCAGUGAGUUACAGAGGAAUCAGGAGGAGAGGACAGAGUCCUGACAGUGUGUUUGGAGGUAAUGAUCAGUCCUGGAGUCUGAACUGCUCUGAUCGUGGUUACUCGGUCAGUCACAAUGACAGAAAAACCACCAUCUCCUCCUCCUCUGUCUCUGAUAGAGUAGCAGUGUAUGUGGACUGUCCUGCUGGCUCUCUGUCCUUCUACGAAGUCUCCUCUGACUUACUGAUCCACCUCCACACCUUCAACACCACAUUCACUGAACCUCUUUAUCCUGCGUUUGGGAUCAGGUUGUGCCGUGGUUCCUCAGUGUCUCUGUGUCCUCUGUAGGAGGAAGAGUCUCCUCCUGUCAGAUAAAACUUCUCACUGCUGGGUCAAAAACGUCAGUGAAACCGCCAAAAGCAUUCAAGAAGGUGACAAUGGAUUUUUUUAUUGUUGGCUAAAAUGAAAGAAAAUGAAACAAUUUCGAAAAGCGACAAAAAUGUUUAAAAGUCUGAAGUUAGAGAGUGGUUUCUAAGGAGAUGAUACAUCAUCUCAUUGGUGUAAACUAGCGGCCUUCAGAAUGCUGCAGCUUCUCGUUGUAAAUCUUUGGUCUGAACUUGACUUUAUCUCCAUGGUUACCUUACUCACUGGGGCCACCUUCUGGCCUGUGAAUAGACGUGUUAUAAACAUGUAUUUAGGCUUUAAAAUCUUCAUCACGUUUUCGGGAUUCUAAAUUUGUUAGAAUUUUUUUUUCAGUAAACAAACUUUUGACUUUUACUUCGUUACAUUUUGCAGCAAUAAUCUGUACUUUCUACUCCACUACAUUUCUACACAUUUGCAGUCCACAGGGAAGCCUUCAGCAGCGGCUCACAUGAAAUGAACGUGUCAAGCUAAGAAUACAUCUAAAUUGAGUCGUUAGUUUGUGUUUAUCUAUGAAUUUAUUCAAGCAAAUAUUCAAUUUUCUUAAGUUUAUCAAGAAUUUUGGAGAAUAGUUAUAGUAAUGAGACAGGUCUGUAAUUUGUGAAGUGGAGAUUGUUACCAGAUUUAUAGAGAGGUAGGACUUUUGAUAUUUUUAUUUUGUUUGGAGAUGUACCGGUUUGAAAUGAUACGUUACAGAUGUAUAUAUGUACAGGUUUUGUAAUUCAAGAGAUGUUUAUAAUGUGCAUAUUACUAAUGUUACUCUUAUUCUUAUUUUUCUAUUUCCUAUCAUAUUUUGUUUAGAAAUUUGUCUCAUCUGUUGUGUUGCAUUUAAGCUGCUGUAACGAGUAUAAAGUCUCUCACAGACCAGCUCGCUCUACAUUAAUACUUGUAGUAAUGUUGAGUUUAAAUGGAAGAUGGCCGCAGGGUGACUUUUACCAUCUGUCUAGGGACUGCAGAUGAAAAAUAGCCAUCUAGCUAAC